CAUUGACUAUAUCAUAACCACUCGUUCCUUCAAGCUAGUUGAGUACAGUUCAUCAAUAACAGAGAGCUAUCGGAAGACUCAAGUUGACGAGGAACCAUCAAGGAAAAUAUGUUCACCUCAAGGCCAUCAUUCAAAAAAUAGCUUAUAACUUUUAUUUCCAUUGCACUGUACCCAAUCAAAGGCAUAAGCUUCACUCGAAAAUACUCACUUUCAUUCAUCCACUUCCUUUUCUGUUCUUACCAUGGCAUCAGAAAUGGUUAUCGGUGUUCUUGUUUCUACUUUCGUCCAGAGAACUAUCGACACUUUGGCUGCCCGUCUUGUCCACAUAUUUCGUCAAAGAAAACACAAGAAGCAACUCGGCAACUUGAAGAUGAAGCUCCUUGCCAUUGAUGUUGUGGCUCUUGAUGCAGAACAAAAGCAGUUCAAAGAUCCACAAGUCAGAGACUGGCUUCUCAGAGCCAAAGAUGAUGUGUUUGAUGCAGAAGAUCUCUUGGAUGAGAUAGAUUAUGAACUCUCCAAAAGCCAGGCGGAAGCUGAGUCUCAGAGUGCUACUAACAAGGUGUGGAAUUCCCUAAAUUCUUCUUUUGUCAGUUUCUUUGAAAUAGAAAUUGAAUCCAAGAUGGAACAAGUCAUUGAGGACCUAGAAGAUCUUGCAAAAGAAAGCUAUAUUCUAGGUUUGGAAAAGAGUGCUGGUGUUGGAGUUGGAUCAAGAUCGGGUAGUAAAUUAACAUAUACAUCUUUGCCAAAUGAAAGUGUUAUCUAUGGCAGAGAUGAUGACAAAGAAUCUAUCUUUAACUGGCUCACUUCUGAACUUACAUCCGACACUGACAUCAACCUAUCUAUACUUUCUAUUGUGGGUAUGGGUGGAUUGGGUAAAACCUCACUUGCCCAACAUGUAUUCAAUGACCCAAGGCUUGAAGGCAAAUUUAAUAUCAAAGCUUGGGUAAGUGUCCCACAGGAAUUUGAUGUUCUCAAUGUAUCAAAAGCAAUUCUUGAGGGUGUUUCAACAUCACCUGUUGAUAGUACAAAUCUUGAGGGAGUUCACAAAAAAUUGAAAGAAAAAUUGACGGGGAAGAAAUUUCUUCUUGUUUUGGAUGACAAUUGGAACGAAAACAAAUCCAAAUGGGAACAAGUGCAGAAAGCUCUUGAGUUUGGGGCCCCAGGAAGUAGGCUUCUAGUCACUACACGAAGCGAAAAAGUUGUUGUUACCAUGCGAUCAGAAAAGCAACUCCUGCAAGUACUAAGAAAAGAUUAUUGUUGGGACUUGUUCGAAAAACAUGCAUUCCAAAGUGCUAAUUCUCAACUAGAUCCAGAUUUCAUGGAGAUUGGUAAGAAGAUAGUUGAGAAAUGUAAUGGGCUUCCUUUAGCCUUGAAAACAAUGGGAAGUCUAUUAUACAAUAAGCCAUCCCUUCGCGAAUGGGAAAGCAUUAUGAAAAGUGAGAUGUGGGAUUUUUCAGAAAAUGAAAGUGAUAUACUCCCUGCUUUAAGAUUGAGUUAUCUCCACCUUCCUCCUCAUCUAAAGAAAUGUUUUGCUUUUUGUGGCUUGUUUCCCAAAGGUCAUAGGUUUGACAGGGACUUGUUAAUUCAACUGUGGAUGGCUGAAAAUUUUCUGGAAAGCUCUUCGAGUCCUAAAGAAGUUGGUGAACAGUAUUUCAACGACCUAUUAUCACGGUCUUUCUUUCAACAAUCAAACGAGGAAGAGGAAAAUGCUUUUAUCAUGCAUGACCUUCUUCUUGAUUUAGCAAAAUACCUUUGUCAAGACAGUUGCAUCAGGUUAGGAGUCGAUGAACCACAAGGAGUACACAAAAGAACUCGUCAUUUUUCAUUUGCAACCGAUCAAAUUCGAACUUUUGAUGGGUUUGGAAAUUUCAUUGACUCUCGAAAGUUGCAUACAUUUGUUCAAACAAGUUGGACCGGGUAUCCUCGUGUUAUGCUCUAUUGGCGUUGCAAGAUAUCGUUAGAUGACUUGUUUUCAAAAUUCAAGUACAUACGCGUCUUAUCACUGAAUGUCUUUCGUAUCCUUACAGAGGUGCCUAAAUCUAUUGGAAAUCUUAAGCAUCUUCGUUCGUUAGAUCUCUCUUAUACUGAAAUAGAAGAACUACCCGACUCUAUAGGUUUACUCUACAAGUUGCAAAUACUGAAGCUAAACCAUUGUAAAAGUUUAACGGAGCUUCCCUCAUGUUUGCUUCAACUCGACAAAUUGUGUUUCCUAGAACUAUUAAAUACUGAAGUGAAGAAUGUGCAUAUUUUGGGAGAGCUGAAGAAUCUCCAAGUAUUGAUGAAUUCGUUUUGUGUUGACAUACAUGAGGAACUCAGUAUUCAACAAUUGGGACAAAUCAAUCUUCACGGAAGUUUAUCCAUUAGUGGGCUGCAAAGUAUUGAGGAUCCCUCUCAUGCAUCAGAAGCAUACCUGAAGAACAAACCACACAUUGUGGAGUUAGAGUUCAAUUGGAAUUGGAGUUGCAGCUCCUCUGUUGAUUCAAGUGACAGUUCCUCUGAUGAUUCAACAAAAGAUGAGGAUGUAAUUGAGAAUCUACAACCCUCAAAACACUUGAAGAAGUUGUCAAUAAGGAGCUACAUGGGUGAACAUUUUCCAAAUUGGUUAUUUGAUAAUUCAUUACCAAAUCUGGUGUCCUUAGUGUUGAAGGAAUGUGAAUAUUGCAAACGUUUACCUCCCCUUGGACUUUUGCCAUCUCUUAAGGACUUGAGAAUUGAAAAACUUCAUGGGAUAGUGAGCAUUGAUGCUGAUUUUUAUGGGAACAAUUCUUCUUCCUUUAAAUCCCUUGAGAAAUUAUAUUUCUUCGAUAUGAAAGAAUGGGAGAAAUGGGAAUGUAAAGUUGUGACAGGUGCUUUUCCACGUCUACAAAAGUUAUCCAUAAAGGGUUGUCCCAAGCUGAAAGGACAGCUGCCAGAGCUACUUGUUCCUUUGGAAAAACUAUGCAUUAGAUACUGCCAAAAACUUGAGGCUUUCGCUCCCAGGGCUCUAGAUAUAAAACUGGAAGAAAGUGNGAAAGAGAGAAUGGUUACGCGAGGAAGAAAAAGGAACAUUAGGAUAACAUUUCUUACAAUGGUGGCCAGUGGUGGAGGAAGCGGCGAAGCCUAG